GCAGCUCCUGGCAGCCCCGGCCUCCGUCAGGGGGAGCAGCCUCCGGUGGGGAGCAGCCUCAGGCGGGGGAGCAGCCUGCAGGUGGGGAGCAGCCUGCAGGCAUCUUGGCCGGCCGGCCCCUCUGGAGGAAGUCAGGGUUGGUGCCUGCCUCGGGGGCCUCAGCCCCGCUGCUCGGGGAACCGGAACUGGCUUCUGGGUGAAACCCGGCCGCCACUGGAGCUCCGUGGCCCUCAUUUUCUCACGUGGAGGAAGCAGCCAGGGCCGGCGAGGAUGGACCCCGAGUCCCUCUACAACCUGCUGCAGGCGCCCAGGCCGGCGGGCGCGCCCGCGGAGGAGGAGCUCCCACAAGGGGAGAGGAAGAGGUUCCUGCCCCCCGCCUCCCGGGAGGACCCCAAGCUCGCCGCGCUGCAGCAGGUGCUGCUGGAGUGGAUCAACGCCGAGCUGCUCGCCGAGCACAUCGUGGUCCGCAGCCUGGAGGAGGACAUGUUCGACGGGCUCAUCCUGCACCACCUUUUCCAGCGGCUGGCGGGGACCCGGCUGGAGGUGGAGGAGAUCGCCCUGACCGCCGUGAACCAGAGGCGCAAGCUCGAGGCAGUCCUGGAGGCCACCAACCGCUGCCUGCAGGAGGAGCAGCCGCGGUGGAGCGUGGACGCCAUCUUUAACAAGGACCUGCUGGCCACACUGCACCUCCUGCUGGCGCUGGCCAAGCGCUUCCAGCCCGGCCUGCCCCUCCCGCCCAACGUGCAGGUGGAGGUGAUCACCAUGGAGAGCACCAAGAGUGGCCUGAAGUCGGAGAAGUCAGUGGAGCAGCUCACGGCGAGCAGCGCAGACAAGGACCAAGCUGCCAAGGACGUCUUCGAUGAGCUAUUCCAGCUGGCUCCGGAGAAGGUGGGCGCCGUGAAGGAGGCCAUCGUGACCUUCGUCAACCAGAAGGUGGAACGCCUGGGCCUGUCCGUGCAGGACCUGGACACCCAGUUUGCAGAUGGCGUCAUCUUACUCCUGCUGAUUGGACAGCUGGAAGGUUUCUUCCUGAACCUGAAGGAAUUCCACCUCACGCCCAACUCCCCUGCGGAGAUGCUGCACAACGUCACCCUGGCCCUGGAGCUGCUGAAGGAGGAAGGGCUGCUCGACUGCCCCGUCCGCCCGGAAGACAUCGUGAACAAGGACAGUAAGAGCACGCUGCGGGUGCUCUACAGCCUCUUCUGCAAGCACAAGCUGAAGGACGGCACGGACCGGGGACCCCGGGGCCCCCCGAGCUGACCUCACCGCCCCCCGCUGCCGCCCAGCCGCUUCCCGGGCCCGGGCCCGCGCUCGACCCCCACCCCCGUGUCCCUCUGCCU